AUGGAGCUGGACCAGGCCAUAUCGCUGUGGCGCGGCCGCGCUGCCGACGCUGUGUUGCUGGGUGCGUCAUCUUCUGUCGCCAAAGAUGGAAGUCGCCUGGUUCUGUUGACUUCGGCGGAAGAUGUACGCGAGAUCAGCGCUCCUACGCGAAAAUGCAUCAACCACUGGACCUUCCGUGCUGGCAGUGUCCAUGCGCUGCAUGUGGCCGCAGCACGUCAUCCGCACUCGCGUGUAUUCUUCGGUGUAUGCGGCGCUCCAGGCGUAGGCGCCAGUAAGAAAGCGCGCCAGGCUAGACGUCAGGAGGCCAAUAAGACGACAGCCUCACCGGCCAACGAAGGCCUCGCCGUCUGGCGCGACACGGAUCUGGACGUUGCUAAAUGGCGCCGCUCACCGCUGCAGUCAACCUCGAAGGCCUUUGCACUGUUGGUGCACUCGAAGCUGAAAGAGGAGGUCGUCGUGAGGACUACACAGUGA